AUGCCGCCAAUGUUAAAUUCAGCUGGAUGGGGGCUCGACGUGUUCAGAGCGUCCCCACAACGUCACCAGAGGUCACAGCAUCGGCCCGGCGCCUCGCCGCAGUCAGGCCGAGGAGGGGGAUCAGCCCUCGGGCGGCAACGGGCGGUCCCCGGGGUGGGCCUACAGCCGCGCGCCGGCAGGAGCUCCCCCCGUGCGGGGCUGAUCGUGCGCUGCUUACGAACGGUGAAGGUUAAAAACGUUUCUCGAUUGCUAGGUGCUUUCAAAAACCAAAAACAGGUGACCAGAAGUUUUGGUAGUGCUGUACAAACAGUAACUUUAAUCCCAGGAGAUGGCAUAGGACCUGAGAUUUCUGCUGCUGUCAUGAAGAUCUUUGAUGCUGCCAAAGCUCCUAUUCAGUGGGAAGAGAGGAAUGUUACAGCUAUCCAGGGACCAGGAGGGAAGUGGAUGAUACCUCCAGAUGCCAAAGAAUCCAUGGAUAAAAACAAAAUGGGAUUAAAAGGGCCUUUAAAGACCCCAAUUGCUGCAGGGCACCCAUCAAUGAAUCUGCUUCUGCGUAAAACCUUUGACCUUUAUGCAAAUGUACGUCCCUGUGUCUCAAUUGAAGGGUACAAAACCCCAUACACAGAUGUGAACAUUGUCACAAUUCGAGAGAACACAGAAGGCGAAUACAGUGGAAUUGAGCAUGUGAUUGUUGAAGGUGUUGUGCAAAGUAUCAAGCUUAUCACAGAAGAAGCCAGCAAGCGUAUUGCCGAAUUUGCUUUUGAGUAUGCCAGAAAUAAUCAGAGAAGCCACGUUACUGCUGUGCACAAGGCAAAUAUUAUGAGAAUGUCCGAUGGGCUUUUCUUGAGAAAAUGCAGGGAGGCAGCAGAAAACUGUAAAGAUAUUAAAUUUAAUGAAAUGUAUCUGGAUACUGUGUGUCUGAAUAUGGUUCAGGAUCCAUCACAAUUUGAUGUGCUUGUUAUGCCAAACUUGUAUGGUGACAUCCUCAGUGACUUGUGUGCUGGACUGAUUGGGGGUCUUGGAGUAACACCAAGUGGAAAUAUUGGUGCUAAUGGAGUUGCGAUUUUUGAAUCGGUUCAUGGAACAGCACCAGACAUUGCAGGGAAAGACUUGGCAAAUCCAACUGCCCUUCUUCUGAGUGCUGUAAUGAUGUUGCGUCACAUGGGACUACACAAACACGCCACAAAAAUUGAGACAGCUUGCUUUGAUACAAUUAAAGAUGGAAAGGUCUUGACAAAAGACUUGGGAGGUAGCGCCAAGUGUUCGGAAUUCACAGAGGAGAUCUGCCGCAGAGUACGGGACGCAGACUAAACUUUUCUCAUGCUGCUUGUAGUAACUCCAAAAGGACACAUCGCACAAAGUACAUUGUAUGUAACCUGAUAUCCAUAUAGUUUGCUUGUCUUUUAAGAGAGCAAACUUUUUAGUUAGGGCCUCUCCAUUAAUAAAUUUAGUCCAGAUGGCUACA